AUGGCAGCCCCGCCCCGGGAGCGCCGCCGGAACGGGCGGGGCGAUGGCGGCGGCCGGCGGGGACGGCCCGGCCUGAGGGACAGCGGCGGCCGCGCCUCCCGCCGGCAGGUUGAUGGCAUUCAGGGAAUAUUCUUAAAUUUUCACUGUGAGACAUCUAACACUGAAAAUUCUUGGAUGAGCGUGCAAACCAUCAGGAAUGUUUUCAGUGUGGAAACUGGAUACCGCCUCUCUGAUGACCAGAUUGUCAAUCACUUCCCAAACCACUAUGAGCUGACCAGGAAAGAUCUGAUGGUAAAGAAUAUCAAGAGAUACAGGAAAGAACUUGAGAAAGAAGGAAGUCCUCUUGCAGAAAAAGAUGAAAAUGGGAAAUACAUUUAUUUGGAUUUUGUUCCUGUGACUUUUAUGCUUCCUGCCGAUUAUAAUCUCUUUGUUGAAGAAUUCAGGAAGAAUCCCUCCAGCACUUGGAUUAUGAAACCUUGUGGCAAAGCCCAAGGGAAAGGGAUAUUUCUAAUCAAUAAGCUCUCCCAGAUUAAAAAAUGGUCUCGAGACAGCAAAACAUCUUCGUUUGUGUCCCAGUCUUCCAAAGAAGCCUAUGUGAUUUCACUCUACAUCAACAAUCCCUUGCUUAUUGGGGGGAAAAAAUUUGACCUCCGUCUGUAUGUUUUAGUAUCUACCUACCGUCCACUGCGGUGUUACAUGUAUAAACUGGGAUUUUGCCGGUUUUGCACAGUAAAAUACACCCCAAGCACCAGUGAAUUGGACAACAUGUUUGUACAUCUCACAAAUGUUGCCAUUCAGAAACAUGGGGAUGAUUACAACCACAUCCAUGGGGGGAAGUGGACAGUGAGUAACUUAAGGCUGUACCUGGAGAGCACCCGUGGAAAAGAAGUCACCAACAAGUUAUUUGAUGAGAUCCACUGGAUAAUUGUGCAGUCCCUGAAGGCUGUGGCGCCUGUAAUGAAUAAUGAUAAACACUGCUUUGAGUGCUAUGGGUAUGAUAUUAUCAUUGAUGACAAGCUGAAACCCUGGCUAAUUGAGGUCAAUGCUUCCCCUUCCCUCACUUCCAGCACUGCUAAUGAUCGGAUCCUGAAGUAUAAUCUGAUUAAUGACACCCUCAACAUUGCCGUGCCUAACGGGGAAAUUCCUGACUGUAAAUGGAAUAAAUCUCCACCAAAGGAGGUCCUUGGCAAUUAUGAAGUCUUAUAUGAUGAAGAGAUGGCACAGAGUGAUGGGCCCGAGCGGGACCCGAGGGGUCGCUCUGGGCAGUCCACUGGAGCCAAAGGAAGUCGUGCAAGGGAUUUAGGAAAGCCUGUCCUGACCACCUGGAAGUGAUAACAGGAAAAACAGCUGCACUCCUGGUAGGAAGAUAUCACGAAUAAAACAGCAGUUUUACAACAGGUUCCUGUGUUUUGCUGCACUGCGUGUAGGAAACACUAAAGGAGACAAAACAGCCUUUGAAAAGAAGUGAAACAAAUAUUCAAAAACCAGGAACUUUACUAGACAUACACUGGCUUGAUUAUUAUUACAACAAUAUAUGUAUAGUGUGUAUGUAUAUAUAAUAAUAUUUAUAUAAUUUGUAUAAACUGAUAUUCUCUUGGUAAUGAUUAAGAACUUUCUAUAUAAAGAUGACAACUCCAAAUAUGCAUUCUGAAAGAAACUCCUUGCUGUGCUGGGUAUUAUUUAUUUCCUCCAGCAGCCUAUCCCUUGCUCCCUGUAAUAAAUGAGCUGUGGAUUCUGUAAAAGGGUGAGAGAGGUAAGUGUUAACAUUGUCAUGAUGGUGAUUCAGAUUCUUGUAGUAAAAGAAGAGCAAAUAGGAAAAAUUAGGAAUACGUGCACUUGAGGCUAAUGUCAGUUAAUGCAGCUAAUGAUUUAUGCCAGGAUUAAGAAAUUGGGAAAGAGCUCUUUAUAUGCUGAGGGUUGGGGGGUUUUAUUUCCUUUAAGUGUUCUGAGCUUCUAAUUCUUUGAAGGUAGAAAGCUUGGUGGACUGAGGGAGUGUUUCAAUGGUAUGUGGAUGGUAUAUUGAUUAUUUCACUAGUCAUUAAUUUUUGUUUUGAGACUAUGCACGUCUGUGGAAAAACAGACAGAACAACCACAUAAUGUGAUAAAUCUCAUUGCUUGAAGGUGAUGGAAAAUCUUUAUUUGCACCAGAACCCCUUAGUGUAUUUAUGCAUGUAUAUAAGUCAAAUAUCUGUAUAUUUUUAUAUAUUUUAUGUGUGCUCUAACGAAAAUACUGUUGCACAUGGCGAGCUAUUUCUGGUAGCUUUGAUAACAACAGUUGUGAUGAUUAGCUACCAAAACAUAGAGCAAAAGAUAAAAAUGGGUAUUUCAGUACUUCUAACAGCAGAGCAGAUAAAUAAACUAGUUGGAUCUGUGAUUGCUGAGAGUUGUAAAUGUCCAUGGAACCAUAAAUUUGACCUCUCCCCAAACUCUUUAGUUUCUUGAGCACAUAAAACAGACCUCUUUGCUUGCUUUUGAAGGUCCUCCUAGCAGAGGGCAGGAAACUGUGGUCUUUGGGACAUUUGGUGCUGAUGACUCUUCAGUCUGAACACAGGGCAGAUGUGGGCUGGGCUCACCAGUAAUACCCUUACACAUAGGCUGGGAUUCAUCCUUGCAAUGAAGAAUGGAAUAUGGGGACUGAGUCACUCCAAGUGUAAUCUUGGUCUUCAUUGGUCUUGUAUGUUCCAUUACAAUAAAGACCAAAAUCCAGCUGAUUCUGUGUUCAUCAGACUCCAAUCUCCUUACUGGCCUCUGCAAAAGCACAUUCUAGUUGGCUCUUGAAAUAAGGCUAAGAAAAGAUGAUCCCUGUAGGAUAGUAAAGCUCAUCUAAAUUCCAGGUCUCACAUAUUUUAGGGGUUGGGAUUUUCUGGUUUUGUUUGGGUUUUUUAUUGGGUUUUUCUUGUUUUGUUUUGUUUUGGGUUUUUUUAUUUGGUUGGUUGGUUGGUUGGUUUUUUUAGUUCCUAACUGUGAGUCCUGCUUGCAUAUUUGAACCUUGACAGGUAAGUAGAUCAGCAGCAGCGUUGUUUUAAUUACAUAUUUAGUGGGCAGAUGUUUCCAAUUUUACCCCCAACUGCCUGUCAGGGGUAAAGUGGGAAGUAGUGACAGCCUUAGGAAGUAUGAGACUGUAGUAAAUAGGAUUUUAUACUCAGAACAUACCAACUGAGCUGCAGUGACUUUCAGUCUCACUUUUGGGAAGGCUUAAAGUGAAAGCAAAACUAGGAUUUAUUGCUGUAGAAGGCUUUGGAGACUUAAUCCAGGGGAUACUUUCAGAUGUAAUUUCACUGAUGGUAAUAAUCUUGAUCCUGAUCUAAAUAAUCUUGUUCUUUCAAACUAGUUUGUCAGGUGGUUACUCUGUGUUGUGUUAUUACAGUGAGUUCAGUCAGGGCCUCCAGAACACAGACACUGCCAAGACAGAAUAGUAAUGGCACUGCCUGUGAUAUUACUAAUAUGGAAUAUUCUUAUUUAAUUGUUCAGGGGGGUUCUAAUGGCUUGGAAAGGGUGAACUCACUUUAGCUUGUACCCUCAGUAUUUAGUAUAAUAAAGCCUCUCUUCCACUGAUUUAACAUGAUGACAGUUUUUCAGAAGUCAGGGUUGGAAUUCUUGGCAUUGCUUUCAAAGAAUAAAGAUUUCUGUCCCAGU